AUGUCUCUGUUCCGGACCAGCUUCCCUGCCACGAGUGACUUCGCCCCUCUCUUCCGUCUUCUGGACGACUAUGACAACCACCGAAGCAACAACAGCCUGCCCACAACACGCAGCUUCGCUCCCAAAUUCGAUAUCCGCGAGAGCAAAGAAGCGUUCCAUCUUGACGGUGAACUUCCUGGAAUCCCCCAGGAGAACAUCGACAUUGAAUUUACCGAUCCGCAGACCCUGGUCGUAAAGGGACGCACUCAGCGCGAAUACCACACCACCGAGCCGGGCAGUGAGCAGGCACUGGAAACCAUGGAAAAAUCCCAGAAGGCUCAGGCUGGACACCGCUACUGGGCCAAGGAGCGUAUUGUUGGUGAAUUCUCACGCAACUUCUCUUUCCCGAAUCCCGUCGAUCAGGACAAGGUCAAGGCUAGCCUGAAGAAUGGCAUUCUGUCUGUCGUGGUGCCUAAGGCCACUGUCCCUGGCACCAAGAAGAUUACCAUCGAGUGA